GUCAUUUUAAAAUGGCAAUUUGGAGCUUAUUGGUACCUGGAGCUAAAAAUGCAAUUUCUGGGUUUUGGGAGCUAUAUGGGCUCUUUAGAAUUAAUUUAGUCCAAUUUGUUCACCCCUACAUAUUCAUCAUACAUGGAAGUGUCCUUUUUUGCAGGGAUUGCUGGGAAGAAGAAGGAGGCUACCGAGGUUGACACUUUGGAGAGGGAGGUAUAGCAAUAGCCACUCUCAAAAAGGAAUCAUCCCGAUCAGGACCAGAGUCCCUUAAUCAGUGCAACAACUCCAAGACGAGGUUCCUGAAGAACAGAAGAGAUUUGAUACGUCAACAUCUGCACUCAGUGACCUCAACAUCUGCACCAGCCUGAACAAUAUGAUGGAAGAGGAGAUCCUUGAGGACCAUGCCAAGCUGAAGCAGGGCCUGGUGAAAGUCCUCCAGUGUGUGGCCACCAUCUCCUCGGCAGCAGCUGUGGUUAACCCCAUUUUUGGCGUGGCCGGCUCCCUGAUCCGGGUGGUGCUGCACCACGUCGACGACGAGGACAUCCGCACCCUGAAGCGCGAGUUCGGCUCGGUCCACCGGGCGCUGGACGAGCUCUCCCAGAUGAAUCGCAACACGCUGGUGCAGAUCAAGAAGGAAACGCUGGACGGCCAGUACUGCCGCGUGGAGGAGAACCUGAAGAACCAGUUCAGAAAGUUCAUGGAGAUGGUGGAGGCGCGGCCGGAGCACCGCGAACGCAAGAAGGACGACUUCGAGGAGAGCUAUUCCAAUGACUUGGGAGACCAGAACCUGCACACGCUCUACGACGGCGUGGUGGGCAAGCCCAAGCUCUUCAGCAGACCAAUCCUGGAGGUGUACCUGAAGCACUCACAAGGCGACCGUCGCACCAUGGAGCGCCUCUGCACACGCCUCACCUACCUAUUCUGCAUCGGCCUCAUCGCCCUCAUGGGAUACGCCGCCGUCAUCGGAGACGACGAGGAGGGUCUGAGCGAGGAGUGGUCCGAGAAGAUGGAGCACGUGCAAGAGAAGAUGCAGGAGGCUCUUUCCAGGUGCAAAUGAAGAGGAAGAAGAAGAAGAGCAUUCUUUCUCCUCUGCUGCUUUUCUAUGUCUAACUACAGAUGUAAAAUCAUAUAAUUGUCACACCGCCGUGUGCAAAUUACCAUAAUAUGUCUCAUAUAUUGUAUGUUUGUUGUGCAUGGCGUUCAUGAAACACUAUGCAUACUUGUUGCUGUCGAGCACGAAAUAUGUCAUUUUACACUAAUUUCUGACGCUGCUGUACAGAGUUCUUUUUCUUUCUUUAAUUUUAGUGAACAUUUGUGGUUAAUUACAAACACUGACAGCACACACACAAUCUGAUUUGUUUUAACACUACCUCCCCACAGAAGGAUACACAAAGGAACAUUUGAGAACUAAUUAAACAAAUUGAGAUCUAGACUAUUUUCACUACCCACAGUUGUUUGUUUGUACACAACAGAGGUAUUUGACUUUCUAAAUGUAUUAGAGGAAGUUGUAAUGUCACUGGUUGAAUCCUUCCACUCUUCACUUUAUUUUCUAUUACAUGUGCAGGAGGUGCACCAACUAUGUUUGUUAUAUAUAGAUAGAUAGAUAGAUAGACUAUCAAUGGGUUUCUUUGGGGUAAGGCAAUUAAGAGCCUUGAAAACAUUUAAAGUUGUGGCUCUUCUCAUACGCUCGCUCGUCUGACCAACAGUGCCUAAAUGUGCCAAUAGUUUUGUAUUAUUUUAAGGGUUUUUGUCUUAAAUCAUUUAACUAUGAUUGUUUAAUGCAUUGUGUUUUGAAUGGUCUUUACACUACAGAUUUCAAACUCGUGGUUGAAAUAUUUUUUGUAAAUGUGUCUUCUUCGCUUGUUUUAGUAAAGCGGUGGCAGCGAUAGUACCAGCUGGUUUAGAUCGCUGCAUCAGGACCGUUCAGAGUCAGCAGAGUUGUAAAUUAGAACAGUCAACCAAACAUGUGACCACUAAACAAUAUCUGAUCCUCAUUAAUGGCUUUCAAAUCUACCAGUUUCUAUAUAUUCUUUUCAUGUUUCACAUAUAUUUCUAGCCCGUUUUACUCUCUUCCUUUCAACACAAAUCUGUUCUACACUGCUUUAUGGUUCUGUGGCAUUGUGCAAUAUCUUAUUGUUACAACAGAUUCGGUAUACGCGACAUAAACAUGCUGUCAAAAUGCCGUCGAUAUAGAGGAAUAUUAUAUGAACCUCUUAGAAGCUUCAUGUGAAAUGCCAUAUAUGUGAAUAUGUUGCCUUUUUUGUUAAAUAAACGUUGAGUGAAUAAA